AGCAACGUGUAGCGCCGUUGAUGCACGCAAUAUUUGCAAAACGAACGUGCGAUUAAAAAGUAGGGCAGAGAGGAAUCAAAGGUGGAAUAUCAGCUCGUCGUAAGAGUACCGGGUUCAAAGUCAGUUUUAUUUCAAGUAUAUUUAGUGUUGUGAUUAGGGAUCUAUAAGUGUUGGGGCAUGUCACUGCUUUUCUUAACUAAACCAACUUCGAUUGGAAGGAAACCGUUGGUGGAACUUGGAAGUCGUCUAUUCUCCAGUAUGGCUCAAGCAUUGCAAACAAACGGCGUUGUGCCCGAUGUUAUCGAUAAGGUCCCGGAGUCUGUAUUGAGCGUCACUUAUCCGAGUAACAUUUCCGUCGAGAUUGGCAAGGUAUUGACUCCGACCAAGGUGAAGGAUCCACCUACCGUUACAUGGAACGCAGAUCCAAAUACUUUUUAUACCCUUUGCAUGACCGAUCCCGAUGCACCAAGUCGACAGAAGCCAACUUUCCGCGAAUGGCAUCAUUGGCUGGUAGGAAACAUUCCCGGCUCGGACGUGUCCAAGGGAGAAGCUCUGUCCGAGUACAUCGGUUCGGGACCGCCAGAAGGCACCGGGUUGCAUCGUUACGUUUUCCUGUUGUACAAACAACCUGGAAAGUUGACGUUCGACGAGCCUCGUCUAACUAACCGGAGCGCCGACAAACGAGAAAAUUUCUCCAUAAGAAAGUUUGCCAAGAAAUACAAGCUGGGUGAUCCUAUCGCCGGGAACAUGUACCAGGCAGAAUUCGACGACUACGUUCCGAUUCUUUACAAACAACUGGGCGCUUAAAAUACUACAACAUGGAUAGAACUGAUAAUCAUAGAUAUUUGUAAACUGAUGACACAAUUUUUAAUUAAACCUUGUACGAAGCAUUUA